GCCGCCGUAAACAAACGCAUUCUGUGUGUGAUUGAAUUGACGGUGUGAGUAAUCACCGCUUUAGUGGAGAAAAUCACCAAAUUCGGAUAGGCCUACCAAUCAACAUGUUAUUCUUAUGCCAACUAACAAUGUGUAGUUCAUAAUGGACACUGACAGCUUAUAUGAGGAUGUACCAGUCCGUGACCCAAGUGGAGGGGCCAGGGGUCAUGAUGUACCCCAAGAUAAUGAACAGCGUCGUGCCCAGCAGCGACGAGCUGUCGCCAAAAUCAGUCGAGAGGAGUUAGAAGAUAAGUAUCUCCGUCUUCAUGAUGAGAAUCUGGUUCUGAAGAAGCAUGCCAGGAAACAAGAGGAAAAGAUUAAGAAAAUGGCUACGAAACUGAUAAGAUUGGUCACUGAUCGUAAGAAGCAGGACCAUGAGGUGGGCGGAGCUCACCAGCGUGGCCGGAAGGGGCGGGAUGUUGAGACAGAUGAGAUGAUCGAGGACUUACAGGGUAAAGUGAGGGAUCUCAACAAACAGAAUGAUAUGUUGAAGAAUAAGUUGACAAUUACUAAGCAACAGCUUGCAACACAGGGUAGUAGACAGACACCAUAUCCACACGUACAAUCAAGGGUAAACACAGGAUUGCCUCGACCUCCUCCACCAGAUAACAUCAAGAAGGGCUUGAGGGUUCAGGGACAUGAACGCAACAAAUCAGCAACACCCAGAGCUUUCAGGAACGACGUCCUUCCAAGAUACGGUCACAGUCUCCUUGAAGAAGCUAGAGAAGAAAAUCACAGACUUGAAGAGGUGAUUCAGGAUCUUCAAGAUCAUAUCUCAUCCUUGGAGCAAGAUAAAGAUAUACUUCAAGAGCAGGUAAGAAUAAAGGAGAUCGAACAGGAGGAGACACUGCUCAGGUUGAAGGAACACAUGUCAGCAGGUCAAAGACAUUCAGCAAAAACAAACAUCCAUGAGAAUGUUGAGAUGAUCCGACUCCAGAGGGAGGUGAAAGAGAAGUCAACGAAGCUGACAGCCUUACAGGCCAAGUAUGCUAACCUGGAAGAGAAUCUAAGGGCAGUGAAGAAGAGUCACGACACGGUCUUAGCUGAACUAGAAGAACUCAAUAAAGUAUAUCAGCAUGAGCAGAGUAAGGUGCUAGGUCUGAAGAGUGAGAUUCAUCAAUCAAGUUCAAAAGAGCGGGCAAUCAUGGAGCUUCAAGAACGAAUCAGUGAUGUAGAAAACGAGAAGAUUAUUCUUCAAGAAGCCAAUGAGAAACUCUUAAACAGUGCAUUUGAUGCGGAGCGAGAGAGGCAGUACCGAGCCAAUGAGAAGCAGUUGAAGUUACAGAUCGCUCAACUAGAGGCAACACUCAAAGGAGAUCUCAACGACAAAAACACCCUCCUGGAUAGACUCAAUGAGGAACGAGAGCAAUAUGAGAAGCUACAGAAGGAGAAUCAGCAGCUUCAAGUAAACUAUUACCAGGUCAGACAGCAACUGGAUGAGCUUCAAGACAAGAUGAGAUUCUUUACCAAGGAGAGCGCCAUCGACUUCCAAGAGCUUGAAGAAGCUCUGAUCAUCGUCAAGAAACGCAAAGAAAAAGUGAGUCAAGAUCUGGAGUUUCUGGAGAAAGUGGAUGAGGAGAUGAAUAAAGAUCUGAAGAUGCAAGUGAUUACACUACAAGCUGAGCAUGCAGAGACAGUCAGUGAGCUAGAGAAGACUAGGAAUAUGCUUAUUCUACAACACAAGAUCAACAGAGAUUACCAGAUUGAGGUAGAGGGUGCUACAACACGGCUUGAUGACUACAAGCAGGAAUACGAGACUAAGCUAGAGGAGUAUGCACAGCUGCUGGAUAUCAGAGCUGCUAGAAUUAAGAAAUUAGAGAGACAGCUGCGAGAUGUUGCCUAUGGCACUAAACAGUACAAGGUCACAGAUAUUGCCGAUGACCAUGAGUAUGAGGAGAUUGAUGAGACGGUCAAAUUGGAGCGAGGUCAGAACAUCCUGGAACUUCACAUCAGUAAAAUUUCAUAUAGCAGAGAUGGCUUGAAGGUCCUUGGUGAUGAUGAUCCGUCCACCUUUGUCACGUAUGAGUUCUUUGAGUUUGAGCUGCAGUCUACGCCAGUUGUCAAGGGAGACAGGCCUCAGUAUGACUUCACAUCCCAAUACAAGGUGACCGUUGAUGAUUUCUUCCUUCAUCAUCUGAUGAAGGGCUCCACGACCCUCGAGGUCCACCAGGCAGUAGGGACAGAGUUCCGUACCAUCGCUGCAUGCCAGCUCCGAUUCAGAGACCUGUUGGAGAAACCCCACGGGAGGGUUCAUGGUACUGCUCAGCUCUUAGGUGUGGAGUCUGGUCGUGCUGGGGUGAACUUUGGUGUGGUAGAGUUUUGGGUGCGUCUUAAAGUACCGAUGGAUCAAGCCCUCAGGCUGUUCAGAGAACGAGUGAAAGCCUUGGGCUACAUUACAUCAAACACUAAGACCAUUAAUCAAGCGUUGGCAACACUCGACCAGCCCAAGGGAGCCCAAGGAGGGGAUGACACUAGUGGCCAGCAGAGGGAUACCAAUAUGAAUGAACUGACUAUCAAGGUGGUCAGGUGUAGCAGUCUGAAGGCAAGGCGAGAAGGUGUGCAGCCUAACCCCUACGUCGUCUAUCGUUUCUUUGAUUUCAACGAUCAUGAUACCACCAUAGUUACCAGUAGUAACUCACCUGAAUUCAAUGAUGCCAAUACCUACGCAGUGGUGAUGAAUGCUGAGUUAGACCAUUAUCUGAAAUCUGAGUUGUUGGAGGUGUAUGUAUUUGACGAUACAGACCCUGAGGAUGUUGCAUAUCUAGGUGUGGCUAAAGUGCCUCUUAUUAGUCUAGCCCAUGAUAAGGCUAUCAGAGGCACCUUUGAACUCAAACAGAGUGAUGGUGGAGCAUGUGGAACAAUUGAUGUAGUGCUGAAAUGGCAUAGUACUUACAUGGCACCAAAGAUCACAUCAGACAAACCAAAGUCGGCUAAACCACCGUCUGCUCCAAGCACUCCAUCCAGACAACGUCCAAAUGUUUUGGGCAGGCCGCCCAUAAAACCAGCUGUAGUCUCCUCACCAGCUGCUCCUCAAGUCACCCCAAUGAAACAACCCAAGCCGCUGGCAGCAUCGACACCAGCAGCACCCAGAACGGAGACUAGUAAUCAGUCCCAAUCGCAGGAAGACCUCCAGAGGUCACGACCCCAGCCUCGCCCAAGAGGGUCAUCACAAGCUUUGGAACCUGCUGCUCGGAAGAAGUCCACAGAGUCUCUUAAGAAGCCUGUAAUAGCAGUCACACCCCCUCCCCAGGAGCAGCCCACCAACCUUAACCUCACGCAGACUCUAGAGGGCGACACACCAUCCGCUGCUACAGUCCUUGACAGCCAGUUUGACAGUGCUGAAGAUUCAGCCCUUGAUGACGUCGAGCGUGAAUUGGAAGGACUCGCAAACGGGAAACAGCAACAGGACAAUGAGUCAGAGGACAUGAAUGAUCUGGUUGCCCAAGAAAUGAGAGCAGAAUAUGGUGAAGAGGAGCCGGAUGAGAAGGACGGUAAGACGGAGCAUUUUGAUGAUACCAUGUUUGGAGACACCAAUGCCCAGGAGUCUAGAGAUUUUGAUGAGGACGACGAUGACUCCAUUGGGGAGGAGAUCGAUAUUCCAGAACCCAUAGAUGAAGAGGAGGAGGGGACGGAUGCUGACUAUGACCAGAUGGAGGAGGAGGUAGGAGCAGGUGAUGCAGGACAAGAGUUUGCUGAAGAUGAGAGAGAUGAUAAUAAUAUGUCGAGCGACAGCGAAGCUUUGGUCGUCAUGUCACCAGCCAUGAACAGACCUACAUCUGUUAUGCCGGGUGAGAACACGGUCUCUGUGACGAUAUUCCACCUAAGCCUAGAUGCUGACAACCCUGUCAUUAACGAUGAUAAAGUGCAGAGACUCUACGUUGAGUACCACUUCCUGGGCCUAUCAGCGGAAGAGACCGAGACACCGUUCUCUCUGCCCAAGACCAAGGCUUAUUCAAAUCUAGUCUUCAACUUCAAGAAGAUAUUUCAUGUAGAUGCUGAAAAUCACAAGUUACAGAGAGACUACCUGGCCAGUAUGCUGCACCCACAGGACCAGUCCCAGGGAAAGAUCCAGCUGACGGUCGUCAGUGAACCGCCGGAGGACAGUCAAGACUUGGAGUGUGAAGAAGUCGGCUACGCCUACGUGGAUGUCCGAGAGAUGCUGGAGAAGGGAGAAGAUGUGAUCGAGCAAGAUAUCGAUAUUCACUAUGCCAAAGAAGAGUCCAUCCUUAUUGGUACAUUGACUGUGUCGGUAGAAUGCAUUGCAGCGUUGAGGGCAGCAGCAUCAGAGGUCGAGUAUGGCGAAGGUGAAGGCGAAACCAACAGUGAUUAAAACAAUACAAUUAAAUAAUGAAGAUGAUAGUGCCUUAAUUAACCUUUCAAAUAGUUCGCUUUGUACUACCAGUUGUUAUUGCAGAAGCAGCUGCUUAAAAAUACAAGUAAUACUUAAUAAUAAUUGGUUCUCAUAUAGCCAGAAAUUCUAGUAGCUAGAUCAAGGUGACUUAUUUAAGGCAGUGGACACUAUUGGUAAUUACUGAAAAUAAUUGUUAGCAUGAAAACUUACUUGGUAACAAGCAAAAU